CACUCUUCACUUGUUCACUAACGUGACUUUGUUGAAUGCAAACCUUAAUCGCGUUGAAUGCGACAAAUAACACGCAAACAACGCGCCCCGCGCGGCGGUAUAAAUACGGCCGCCCCCCGCGGCGUAUAAAUACAGCUGCCCCCACCCUAUCUUCCCCCCACCAGCGGUCCCUCGCACCUCGCCUCUCGCUCAGCCUCUUACUCUUCUCAAGCUCACUCUCUUAUUCUCUCGCCAUGCGCUUCCUCAAGCUGUUUGCAGAGGUCUCUGUCGGCGUCGGCACCCUCCUCAGCGGUCACUGCCCCGAAGACGGGACCCCCCCGCCCUUCAAGCCUCCCCUUGGCGUCGACAAGGCCUGCGCUGUAUGGGGAAAGACUGCCGACGCAUUCUUCAACCCUGUCGGAUUCGUACACACGUUGCUCAGCAUCAAGGACAGUUCGCUCAACACGGGUUGGGACGGUACUUUCACCAGGACGUGGCGAAGCGGUCAACUCGCCCCCUCCGACGAAGACUGGUCCUCGGGCCUCUCCUUCGUGAACGCGCUACCUGAGGCGCGUAAGACACCAAGCGGAUACACCGGUACUACGGACAUCAUCCUCGCCCCCUGCAUCAUCUGCUCCUCUCUUCGCGAUGCACCUUCGCCCACGAACGACGACCACGCGACCAUCGCCGCCGGCGACAUCCGUGUCAAGUUCAUUCGCGAAUGGCCCGCCAACUCGAAGUCUGCGGAGGACAUGCUUCGUACCGUCAUGCUCCUCUCUUUAAUUAUCGGGGUCCAUAUCUUGGCCGCGAUGAUUGCUCACGACCCUCACAACGUCGUCGAAGCGCAAGUCUUCCCAUUCAUCGGACGCUGCUUCACUCGACUCUUCCCGAGUAUCGCCAACGGUCAGACCAUCCCGUGGGACUCGAACGGGAAGAUCUUUGUCACGACGAAGGACGGAAAGUGGAUGUCUCUAGUUGUUAUCUCAGCAGCCAAGUACGCCAUGGUCGAGGGCUCGCCAGACGAGGAUCUGAAGCCUGAGAUGGCGGACGUGAAGCCUGCCCACGCCUGGAGCCGCAACGCGCGCGCGUCCACCUCCGGCCAUCGUCAGAGCGGCCGUGGCCAGAAGAAGGCCUCGAAGAGUCGAAGGGCAAGAAGCGGGGCGCCUGAGCCUCCGCAUCGCUCUUCAUCACUCAAUCUAUCUGUAUCGAUAUUUCUCUAGGGUUCAUGUAGCGUGGUAGUCUCCUCGGGUUUUGGUUCUCCUCCGGGUUCCUUCUGUUCUUUCUUGCACUACUAUACUGGGAUCCGUUGGCCGGCGAGCCUCAGAGCACCGAUGCCCCCGCGUGUUCUGAGGUUCGUCGAUCAUCGGGGCGGGUCAGGCGAGCGGAGGGGCAUUCCGCGAGUCUGGCUUGCAAUCCCUUCCCCUUUCUUAGUUUCCUCUACUCUUUACUAUUCGUGGUAUCUGUCUCAUCUUUUGGGUUUCUCGGUCUUGCAUAGCGAGUCCUAUAUCGGCAUACUCGGACACGGACUUCGGGACAUGGAUCUAGAUUUGUAUACUGUGAAUGUGUAUUCUGCAUGGUCGCGCACUGAGCUUGUACUGUGGUCGUACUUUGGGGUCGUAUUUAUGGGAUAUUUAUUCUCGUG